CGCCGCGCCGCCAGGCAGGCUCCCUCCCCCAUCUGCUCCUCUGCCCGGCGCCGCUUUCUGGAAGCUUCUUAACGGCGGUGGGUGCUUUCCGUUAGUGCGCGGCUGGCCACCUAGAAUCUUCAUCCAUCCGUCCGUCUCGAUCGUAUUCAGACCCAACAGAGAUUGCCAUGCCUGAGAACGUGGCCCCCCGGAGCGGGCCGCCCGCCGGGGCUGCCGGCGGCCGCGGGAAGAGCGCCUAUCAGGACCGCGAUAAGCCGGCCCAGAUCCGCUUCAGCAACAUCUCCGCGGCCAAAGCUGUUGCUGAUGCUAUUAGAACUAGCCUUGGGCCAAAAGGAAUGGAUAAAAUGAUUCAGGAUGGAAAAGGCGAUGUGACCAUUACAAAUGAUGGUGCCACCAUUCUGAAACAAAUGCAAGUGUUACAUCCAGCAGCAAGAAUGCUGGUGGAGCUGUCGAAGGCUCAGGAUAUAGAAGCAGGAGAUGGCACCACUUCGGUGGUCAUCAUUGCUGGCUCUCUCUUAGAUUCCUGUACGAAGCUUCUUCAGAAAGGGAUUCAUCCAACCAUCAUUUCUGAGUCAUUCCAGAAGGCUCUGGAAAAGGGUAUUGAAAUCUUGACUGACAUGUCUCGACCUGUGGAACUUAGUGACAGAGAUACCUUGUUGAAUAGUGCCACCACGUCGUUGAACUCAAAGGUUGUCUCUCAAUAUUCAAGUCUCCUUUCUCCAAUGAGUGUAAAUGCAGUGAUGAAAGUGAUUGACCCAGCCACAGCUACUAGUGUAGAUCUUAGAGAUAUUAAAAUAGUUAAGAAACUUGGUGGGACAAUCGAUGACUGUGAGUUGGUAGAAGGUCUGGUUCUUACUCAGAAAGUGGCAAAUUCUGGCAUAACCAGAGUUGAAAAGGCUAAGAUUGGGCUUAUUCAGUUCUGCUUAUCUGCUCCUAAAACAGAUAUGGACAAUCAGAUAGUAGUUUCUGACUAUGUCCAGAUGGAUCGAGUGCUACGAGAGGAGAGAGCCUAUAUUCUGAAUUUAGUGAAACAAAUUAAAAAAACAGGUUGUAAUGUUCUUCUCAUACAGAAGUCUAUUCUAAGAGAUGCUCUUAGUGAUCUUGCAUUACAUUUCCUGAACAAAAUGAAGAUUAUGGUGGUUAAGGAUAUUGAAAGAGAAGACAUUGAAUUCAUUUGUAAGACUAUUGGAACCAAACCAGUUGCUCAUAUUGACCAGUUCACUGCUGACAUGCUGGGAUCAGCUGAGUUGGCUGAGGAGGUCAACUUAAAUGGUUCUGGCAAGAUGCUUAAGAUUACAGGCUGUGCAAGCCCUGGAAAAACAGUUACAAUUGUUGUUCGUGGGUCUAACAAAUUGGUGAUUGAAGAAGCUGAGCGUUCUAUUCAUGAUGCCUUGUGUGUUAUUCGCUGUUUGGUGAAGAAGAGAGCUCUUAUUGCAGGAGGCGGUGCUCCAGAAAUAGAGUUGGCCCUACGGUUAACUGAAUACUCACGAACAUUGAGUGGUAUGGAAUCCUACUGCGUUCGUGCUUUUGCUGAUGCCAUGGAGGUCAUUCCAUCUACACUAGCUGAAAAUGCUGGUCUGAAUCCCAUUUCUACAGUAACAGAACUAAGAAACCGGCAUGCCCAAGGUGAAAAAACUACAGGCAUCAAUGUCCGAAAGGGUGGUAUUUCCAACAUAUUGGAGGAAAUGGUUGUCCAGCCUCUGUUGGUUUCAGUCAGUGCGCUAACUCUAGCAACUGAAACUGUCCGGAGCAUUCUGAAAAUUGAUGAUGUGGUAAAUACUCGGUAAUCUGUCUGACUGGCCAGUGCAUCUGGAGUAGAAGAGCAUCUUGGCAUUCCUUGUCGUUUGGAAGAUUGUUUCUUUGAUGGAUUUCUGGGCCUGGUCUUCCAGUUGGCAUUUACUUUGAAAUUGUAUUGACACAACUUGAUGAAAAUAUUAAAUACUUGGUUUCAAAA